AAUUGUAAAUGAUUAGAUUACAUUCUUCAAUUGUGUUCACUUUUCUCCGAUCAGGUUAAAAUGGAUGUCUAAAAUUGAAAAGGUUAGUUUCAGGUGGCCAUUUUUUUUAGGCUCGUUGCGACCUCUUGCCGUCCCCCAAUGAACAAAUGAUGCGCGGGAGACAUCCGGCAACCUUGCAACUGUCAAAUACGUGUAUCGUAGUGGUCAAUGACCGAUCAGAAAUCGAUUGGUGACCUCAAUAAAGAAACGCAGUGUAUUUUUUUUCCUGAAUAUCCGCUGAUGUGUAAUAUUUACGUUGGCAUUUUUACGAAAAAUGUGUUUAUGUUGACAUUCCUAACAACCACAGACAAGGAACGAUAUAGACAAAGUAAAUACCAUAUGCAUCCAUAACCGAAACGAUAAAUUAUCGGUUGUUACGUCUUAUUUAUCGUUAGCAAUCAAAAAUGCGAUUUUGUUUGUCACAUUUAUCACUUCGGGUGACCGAAAAUUUGUCUGUUGGGUUCGGCCAACGGAUAAAUGGAAUUUAACCUCAAAUUUACUCGGCAAGUUUCAAACUAACGGUCACGUACAAUUCUCGCGUCUCCUCCAUUUUGAAAAGAAAUUGUGUUUGAAACGAUCAUUAAGAUGGACAAAAGAAGGCUGAGUAGGCCAAGCGGGGAGCAGAAAAGGCUUCUCGUAAAUUUCAUGGAGGAGCACCUGAAAUUUGCGAGGAGCCAAGAAACUGACAGCAUGAAAGUGCGAAAUAUGUGGAGGCACCUUAUGCGCACCCUGAAUGCCAGUGGUGGUGCAAACAAGGGCACGAAACAGUGGCAAAGGUGUUUGAGUGACUGGAAAUCGGCCGUCAAAACAAAGGCCACUAAACUGUCAAGAAAUCUACAACAAACAGGGGGUGCCGAAGGCGAUAGUUUACAGGAACUGUCCGAAAUCGAAAGACGGAUGCUGCAAAUUAUCGGCGGAGGCUUCAGUAGGGAUGGGAGAAGGAAAGAACUCCCCGUCAUCCAGAUUUCACAACCAGUUGCAAGUCCCGACCCGGCUCCUGAAGACUUUCCUGGCAGUGAGAGUGAGGAUUAUCUUGUAGAAAUUCCACCACUGGGUCCUCCACCCUUACCACAACCGUCCACCAGCCAGGCUACCACGAACGGUGCGACCCCACCUCGCGGGAUAAAACGGCGGGCCCUUCGUUAUUCUCAAGGACACGAAAAUAAUUUUUCGAAGCUCCUUCGAGAAAAACAAAGGGCCAAUGACCUUCUCGAGAGGCAAGCUGCAGCCCUCGAAAGGCAAGCUACGGCUACCGAGCAAUUGGUGGAUGUAAUGGAGCGUGUGUUUGGUGUCUUGGGCGAAUUUGUAGACAGAAUGAAUUAAAUUUAAUCUACCUCCUGUUUUUCUUUUUUCAUUAUAGGGAAAAAUAAUGUCCAUGUUCCAAGUACGUUG